AAAAUUUAUUUUUGCAAAAAUUGUAUGAACUGUAAUUCCACCUUCAAUUCUGAACUAAACCACAUCCUUCAAUUCCAAGCUCUGAUUUCCGGCGUUAAUGGCGUAUCGAUCAAUAUUUGAUGCUCCAGUGCUACAAUCCGAGUUCGAUAACGCCGGAAUCAACCAUCACUUUAUCCCCUUGAUUUGGAAGCAUGUUCUGCAAAACCCUAAUUGUAAGUGGGAUGAAAUUACAUCAUUACCUUCCGCUGCUUACCCUCUUCUCAACUCGAAGUUUUUGCCUUUGACUACCACUCUUCACUCUGUCUCUCAUUCCACUGAUGCUGUCACCUCCAAACUUCUCAUAAAGCUCCAAAAUGGAGAGUUCGUGGAAACUGUGGUAAUGAGAUAUGAUACUCGCUUAGGAAAAUAUGCUGGCAAACCACGUCCUGGUGGUCCAAGAUCAACUUUGUGUGUGUCGUCUCAGGUUGGAUGCAAAAUGGGAUGUAAAUUUUGCGCAACUGGGAGCAUGGGAUUCAAAAGUAAUUUAUCAACAGGAGAAAUAGUAGAGCAAUUGGUUCAUGCCUCUCAUAUAUCAAAUAUCCGUAAUGUUGUUUUCAUGGGGAUGGGGGAACCUCUGAAUAAUUACUCUGCAUUAGUGGAAGCAGUUCGUAUCAUGUUGAGAUCUCCUUUUCAGUUGUCUCCAAAGAGAAUCACUGUGUCAACGGUUGGAAUUGUGCACGCUAUUAGCAAGCUUCAACAUGAUCUUCCUCAUGUAAAUCUAGCGGUAUCACUUCAUGCACCAGUUCAGGAUAUCCGUUGCCAGAUUAUGCCUGCGGCUAGAGCAUUUCCUCUAGGGAAACUUAUGGAUGCACUUCAUUUAUACCAAAAGAACAGUCAGCAAAAAAUAUUUAUCGAGUACAUAAUGCUUGAUGGGGUGAAUGACGAUGAGCUGCAAGCACACCAGCUUGGCAAAUUGCUAGAGACAUUGGAAGUGGUGGUUAAUUUGAUACCUUUCAACCCUGUUGGUAGUACAACUCAAUUCAGAACGACCAAUGCAGCAAAAGUCAAAUGUUUUCAGAGAGUUCUCAGAGAGAAGUACGACAUUCGAACAACAGUUCGGAAGGAAAUGGGCCAAGAUAUAAAUGGUGCAUGUGGUCAGCUUGUGGUAAGCAAACAAGAUAAAAUGUUAGCAGAAAACACGGGUCUUGUAAUGGACAUUGAAGAUCUUCAUCUUUGAUGAUGUAAGUAUAGUUUUCAAAAAGUGUUCCAUCUCUUGGUAUAGAGAAUAUAUUGUUUCAUAGGAUCCUUCUGUUCUUAAGACACUUUUUUUUGGAUGCACGAGCAUCACUCUACUAUGACAAAGCAAUAUGUAAUCUACUGGAAUCAUGAAGAGAAAUGCAAGAAGAUAGAUGAGUCCAUAUA